AAUGUUUUAUGCGUUUUUAGGUCCACUGAAGAGGUCUGAAGGCUGCAAAGUUUAUCGAGGCAAAGAAAUCACCACUUACCGAGCCUCACAUAUAUGCUAACAUUUCUGCAGGCAUCGUCUCCCUGACCCUGUGCUGCGUGAGAAUUGGGAGUAGGUGCCCUGCCUCUUGCUCUCACUUUCCCUUGCACGGGUGAUGCUGACUUUAGAGGACAAGGACAUGAAGGGAUUCACAUGGGCCACAGCCCUGGCCUUCACCUCCCUGGCUACCUGCUAAUACUGGUGGUCUUUGUCUUCCCCUUUUGGGUGUGGCUGGUGAACGAGGAGUCCCAUGAAGUGUUUUUCAGUGGCCUGUUUGAGAACUGCCUUGCUAUCAAAUGCUGGAAGCCUCGACACUUAUCUAGUGCCAUCUGCCUCUUUCAAGCAUCAGCCUGCCUUGGCUGCCAUUUGUUGUCCAUUUCCCAGAGUAUUGAGGAGACUGAAGGGAUCCUGCACCUGGUGAAUCCGGAGAGUUUGGGAGGAUAACUGCACUCAAUACAAAAGGACACUUUGCUGAAGUAAGAAACAAUUAUCUAGUCCAGGAUAGUCUGUCAUCUACCCUUUGUCAAGCUGUGUGAGUGCACGUGUGUGGGUGUAUGGCUCCCCCUUCUCCACCAGUCUCUGCUGCUUCUCAGGAGCUUCUUCAGGGUCAGAUCAACCCUCCACUUCUUCAUACUUACAGUGAUUCUAUCUUGCUUGUAUUUGAAAUUCGAUAAAAGUGUUUUGAAUUCUUCUGAGCUUCCUGAGUGAUUUAUUUUUGCAGGUGUUUUCAAUAAAAGAAGGAAUAUUUUCUCUUAAUCCAUACCUCAAAAAAAAACAG